AUGGCGAAAAGAAAUAUAGAGAGUAAUCUAUACCUCGAUACAGUUAAUAGGCAUUUAUUAGAUUUCGAUUUUGAGAAAGUCUGUAGCGUUACACUCUCGAAUAAGUCUAUUUACUGCUGUUUGAUUUGUGGAAAGUACUACCAGGGGAGGUCGAAAACGUCAGCUGCCUAUAAUCAUUCAAUUGAUGAAGAACAUCACGUUUAUUUGGGUUUGGAUAGCAAACAAUUCUACAUUCUACCCGAGAAUUACAAAGUCGAUGAUAACAGUUUGGCCGAUAUUUUAAAAGUUUUAGAACCAAGCUAUGAGAGCGGCGAUUUGGAUAAGUUAGAUAGCGAUCUUGUUGGACAAGAUCUGAAUAAGAAUGACUAUUUGGUUGGAUACAUCGGUUUGAAUAAUAUGUCGAACAAUGAUUACGCAAAUGUUAUAUUGAACAUGCUUACGCAUAUAAGACCACUCAGGAAUCACUUCCUUUUGUUGAAUGAUUGCAAGACCGAAUUGCUGAGACGAUACUCACUCUUCAAUAAGCGUGUUUGGAACGAUAAGCUUUUCAAAUCUCAAGUCAGCCCCCAUGAAGUCUUACAAUUGAUUACCAAACUGUCUGCUAAUAAGUUUAACAUCCAAAAUUCAUCAGAUCCAGUGGAGUUUUUGACCUUCUUACUCAAUCAACUACACAAGGAUCUUGGUGGAAACAAAAAACCUAAUUCUAGUAUAAUUUACCAACUAUUCCAAGGUCAAUUGAGAAUGACGUCCCAGAAGAUCAUUCAAUUGGAUGAAAAUGAAGACAUAAAUAAAAAGUUCAUUAAAGAAGAUAAAGUCACAACAAUCAAUACACCAUUCUUAAUAUUGAGUUGUGAUUUACCACCUAAACCAGUUUUCAAUGAUAACGAAAAUAUUAUACCACAAGUCAGUUUGGGUGAUGUACUGAAAAAGUAUGAUGGUGUUACCACGCAAGAACACCUAGGUCAAUCGAGGCAAUACAAGUUGACAAAAUUACCUAAAUAUCUACUUAUACAUUUUAAAAGGUUUAGUAAGAAUAGAUUUACAAGUGAAUACAAUCAGACUAUAGUUAAUUACCCAAUUUCCGGAGUUGAUUUCAAGGAUUAUGUCGAUAGUACGGAAAACAUCAACACUGUUUAUGAUCUCGUUGGCAAUAUUUCACAUGAACAUCAAGCGACCGCUGGUGAUGAUAACAAUAAGAGCAAAUGGAAGUGCCAACUGAAGUCACCAAUGAAGAAUGAUGAUGGUAGUAGUAAAUGGUUCCAACUUCAAGAUUUAUUCGUUGAGGAGAUCGACAGAAGGUUGAUUUUCCUUGGUGAGACAUACUUACAGGUAUGGCAAAGAAGAGAGUAGAUAGAGUAGAUAAAGUUAUGUCAUAUCUAUAAAUAGAUAAUGUAUAAAUAGAACCUGUAUAUUUAAAGCUGGC